UAUAAAACAUGCUCGUACUUGCUUUUGUAUUUCAAUAUUUUGCUAUGAAGUGAAAUAAAACUCUUAGCGUGGAGUGAAUAACACAGAUUUUGGCUAGCUCGAGCAGCACAACGCACUCGAGCUGAACACCCGGACAAUAACAAAGGUUGAUUCUCUGUGAGUAAACAUUAAGCAGCCAUAACUGGUCAGCCAUGAAAGAUGACGUCAAUAUCAAUGUCGCAGAGGUGCGGAUCAUUGAGGAGCUCAAGGUGGAAUAAAAGAAAGAGAUAAAAGGGCAGGUAAUGGAGCGGAGCAGAGGUGGCACCUCUACAGGGCUUCUGGUUUGGACACCUACCCCACAGCUUUCCUCUCCCUCAGCCUCAGAGGGGUCAGACUUCAGCUGGGAUGAAGAACCGGACCAGGACUUCCAAAGCCAGAUGGAUGAGAAUGGCAUCAUUGGUCUGGCAGAGAGGCAAGGGCAGCAGGAGAGAGAAGAGGAGGAGGCUGCAGAGGAGCUGUUGUGGGAUGUAAAGACCCCUGAGCCUGAGCAUGGGCCGCCGCCUGCAGUAGAGGAGAUAAGCUGUCAUCUGAGUGAACUGCUGGACUCUGAGCCGCUCUCUCAGGCCACGGGAGACCACUACUACUCUCCAUCACUGCAGGAAGAACACCAAACAGACGAUGACCGGAGCGUGUUAUCUGAGGAUUGGGCUGAUAAUGAGGGUGGUACUGGGAGCCCAGUAAUCCAAAGGCACAAAUUAAACUCUUUCCCUGAGAGAGACACAGCAUUGGACAUGACCGAUGAGGAGAUAGAGGAGAAGGAUAUGUGCGAAGAUGCUCAGAGAUUCAUGGACCAAACAUUUCAUGUCACAGAAGAGACGGCAGCUGUGUUUCAAACUCUGAAAACCCUUGACUUUAGUCAGGAAGUGAGUGGAAUUUCCAAAGAUCAAGAUUGUUUAAUUUCAGGAAUCCCAGAGUUCUCUGAUAAAAGUGACUGUGAGGAACUUGAUGCCCGAUUUCUUCCAGUCUCGCAUCAUUUCACUAGAAACACUUCCAAUCCCAUCAGUUUUCCCCAUUUAUCCUCAGAGGAACCGAUGAAUGACUGUGGGAUUGAAGCUGAGACGCUACCUGAGCUAGAAAUUAGGUCAGAUUCAUCUCUUAGCACGUACCAGAGUCCUGUCCCUAAAACAAAUCACACUUUCAGAUCAAACCAUGAAGAGAUUAAACAAAAGAUCGCGCCUCAAACUUCAGCCAGAAGCCCUGUAAUAAAAAACAGCCCUGAAAAAAUAUACCAAGAUGCUACGAGUGGAGAAAAAAUAGAUGGGAGGUUACACAGGCCUUACCACAAUCUGCAGCCUCCAACAGCCUCUCCCAGAAAAACAACCUCUGCUUCCUGCAGCGCUCAGGUUUCCAUUCCAGCGCAGGGCAUUUCUAAAGCAAGCGUCUCCCCCUCAGAGCGAUCGCCUCCUCCUACACCUCACAGAAAUUCAGCAAUAAAGAACCACAGAAACUGCAAAACCUCUCACACGGAUCCAGAUGACAUCAGGAAAGGACAGCUGAAUCAUGCCUUGCCUGAUUUCUCCAAAGUAGAACCGAGGGUGCGUUUUCCAAAAAGGAGUGAAUACAAGCCUCCUAAAAGCCGAAGACCCCCUCAUGUUCGAACAUCACACCCAGAUCGUCCAGUGGUAUUCAAAUCCCCUGCUGAGAUUGUGAGAGAGGUCCUGUUGAGCAGCUCUGAUGGGAUGCUUGGAAGUCCUUCCUCCAGUGGGACCCAGAAGCACCUGGAGAGUACCGUCCCAGAAGAGUUUCGCUGCCCACAGCAGGCCAGCACACUGGUGCAGCAGCUACAGGAGGACUAUAACAGGCUUCUUACCAAGUAUGCAGAAGCUGAAAAUACUAUUGAUCGACUUCGCCUUGAAGCAAAGGUGGGUUUCUCUUCUGAACCACCUAAACCGAGUACAGCUGUCCUGUCGGGAGUUAUUCAGGAAGGGUCAAAAGUCAUAACCAUCAGUUUUCCUCAAGCACAGAGGGCAGAGUUCAGUGCAGGUUCUGUUCAUCUGACCCAACAGAAGGAGCUCUCAGAAAACUCCAGAAAAGCAGCAACUCGGCCUUCCUCUGUGAGCUCUAUCAGCUCGAGAAGGUCUGGAUCUCUCACUCCAGACCAUUUGACAGACACUCUAUCCAACCAGACCCAAAGAUUUCAGCUACAGGUUGAUGCAUUUGAGUCACUUUUAAAGGGUGGGAAGCUCAAGCCGUGUGAGCAGACAAAGGGUCUCUCCACACUGGCUGAGGGGCAGGAGUCUCUUGAGAGGGCUUAUCUAAAUGCACGAGUCCAAUAUCAGAUGCUGCAGCAACAACAAGGCAGACAUGCCAUCUUUGACCCAAACAGGGAUCUAGAGGGUCAGAUCUUCAGGUCAGGGAUGCGAUUAGAGGAGCUGAAAGAGUGGCUGGAACAAGCAGAACUGAACCAACCUGUUUCUGAACCUACUUUAUCCCCAUUCCCUCCUUCAGAUGUGCUUUCUGCAUCCAUGCUGGAGCCUGAACCAGUGCCUCAGAGUCCCCUGUCAGCAGUCCAUCCUGAGGCUUGUGUUGGUGUGGAGGUCAGUUCGGUCAGUGGAGAGAGUGAUGGAGGCAGAGAGGAUGAGGAGAUCCUGCCGUUUCUUUUUCAUCCCCUCGAUAACAAACACCAAUGUGUGGAGAAAGAUUUUAGUGAACUCAUGGACUGCUAUCAGAGUGUUAAAGAGCUCCCCGGGACACUGGAUCAGGCUGUGACUUUAAAGAGCCAUGACUUGCUGGAUUUUGGAAGCUCUGUUCCUCCUGGGAAUAAAAGUGUAACGGACAGACAACCACUCAAGACUGUUAAUGAGAGAGAGAUGAGAGAACCUGCUCAGCAGCAGCCAGCAGCAGGUUGUGACCCUCCCUCUUGCCCAUCUGUCAGUUCACAGGUGUGCGACUCUAUGGAAACUCGCCCAGAGGCUUUUUGCCACUCCUCUGUAUUGGCAGGAGAAUCGACCAGAGAGAGGAAAACAGCAGGAAACAGGAAAGCUCAAAGCAGUAGCUUGACCAGCCUGGAAGAUAGGACACACCACAGAACUGUAGGCCUGAAAGCGAAGGCCAAGACUCUAAGAGCGCCCCCUAUGGAUGGGGUCAUGUCUCCAGAAACAGACAGUGGCUUUAUGGGCUCUGAAAGCAGUCAGCUUACUCCUGCACUACAUAGUCCUCUCCACCAGAGGGCGGUGAUGAGUUCCAUCAGACUGUCUGACCCUCAUACGAAAGACACAGAAAGACCAGAGUCUGCUCCUCCUCCUGGGCAGCCUUUCGUGGUCUCUCCUUCUCAAUCCCAACCUUCUCUAAAUACCACAAAAAAACACAUUGGUACGUCUGGAAAAUGCGCAGGUCCUGUUAAGAGAAUAGGAGGGGAGGAAAGGUGUUCUUUUUCCAGUCUUUCUUCCUCCUUAUCCCCCCUUCACUGGCCACGUAGCAGCAUUCAGCCCUGGACGAGCAGCCUGACCAGUCAAUCAGAGCGUGGAGCUGAUGAGGAAGAAGAAAAAGCACAGAAAGACAAAAACCUAGAAUCGACCAAUCAGCAGCUCCGCUCUCACAGAAGCCACUCCCUCCACAGGCCUUAUCACCACCGUUCUGUUCAGCUAACAAAUCACCAAGAGGCUCUUCAAUCUCUGCAGGAAGAAGUGAACCGAUUGAAAGAGAGAUUGGAGGGAAAUCUGAGACUAUCAAAACCCGCCAGUCCUUUUAGAACAGCAGCUUCUGCCACUGAAGAUACCAGAGAUCAUACACAUCCAAAGACCUCAACACCUCAGAGGCAUGAUUUAAGAUCUUCAAAGAGGAGGAGAAGGCAGACAGAGAGAGCUGGCAAUGGAGAAAAAGAGAGAGGAAUUUCACCAAGACCAGUCAUCAGACAAAGAUCAGCAUCUUUACCUCGACAUCGGCCUGAAACUGAUACGACAUCUGAUUCUGAGCAUGCCCAGUCUGAGCCAAGACCAUCAACAUCUAGAUAUGUCCCAGUGUCACAUGUGAAAUCAAGAGGAAGAAGACAAACCAGGGGAGUUGAAUGUCACAAAGAGGAUAGUACAUCGGGCAGAUCUGACAACAGCGAUGAAACAGAAUCAAACCGAGGAGCAGAAUCUCUGUGUCCACAUUGCAUAUCAGACCGUACCAGUGCCUCGACACGUCUCCUGAGGAGCAGGAGCUCUCCACAUCUUACACAACCUUCCUGUAGCCAUUGCCCACUAUGUGGUGCAUUACAAGCCAAUCAAAAAGUCUCUAAGCAAGUCUCUAGUCCCAGAGCGAGUCAGCCAAUGAGAUCCUUACUGAGAGAAAGAGGAGGCGUGAACAUUACAGUGGCUCCUCCCCCUUUAUUGCAGAGAGCUGUUCCAGUUGUCCCAUAUGUGCCUGUAUAUCCUUCAGCACUAUAUUUCUCCAGCCCAGUGAUUCCACAGGCAUACCAACAACCCGUUAACAUCUCAUCAAGUCCCGUCAGGCCUGAGAGGUCAGGGGUCAGAGGUCACCGCAGACGCUCUUCCUCCAUGGAGGAUCAUCAGGAUUCUAUGAGCAACGCUUUGACCCGCGCCAUCACUGCAGCAAGACACAUGAGAGAAGCCUCACAGCGCAUGGCCAGCAGCCUCCACACUGCAUCCUGCAGCUACUGACACACACAUACAGACACAUACACCUACAUCUGUUCAGUUAGUUCUACUGCUUAAAUGUGUCGCAUGGGGAAAUGAGGGACGUUCGUACUUAUUAGUUUACAUAAAACAAAUCUCGUAGUGGCUGAUGACAUGUAAAUGAUAGAAAAUGUGAAUUGUCUCAGGUGAACAGCUGCUUUUAGAGGUAGAUACAGUAGCUGCGUUAUGGUAGCAUUUACAGGUAUGAAAAUACAGUGACCAAUUUACAGGUAUGGAAACACAGUGACCUCAAAAAAAUAUUUGAAACACUUAAGACUCACUUAAAGAUGUGUGUAUUGCGUCAGAAAGGAAAAAGUACUAAUAUGCUAUAGUAAUAUUUAGAUUUAGUAUGAAAGGCUGUUUCUGCCUAAAUAAAGACUUUUAAUUUUUCAUCUUGCAAUUUAAACUUUAUUUUUUUAAUUUAGAGGGGGGAAAAAUCUGAAUUGAAAUCUCACAGUUGCAAAAAUAUAACUCACAAUUCAAGAUAUUAACACUUCUGUGAUGUUUACAUAACUACACAAAAAUUAGCUUAAAGGAAAGUCAAAAUUUUGAGAAUAGCUAUUACCUUUUUUAUUU